AUGAGCCCCGGGGGCGCGGGCUGCUCGUCCCGGCUGCUGCUCACCGUCGGCUGGCUGCUCUUGGGGGGCCUCCAGUCCGCGAGCGCGACGAACGCCACCGACGUGCAGGAUCCCGGCAUCGCCCACGAGGGCGAGAGCGGCGACGUGGACGACGGCGACGGCGAGGAGGAGGCCGAAAACAGCGACCUGGAGACGCUGGAGAACGAGGCCCCGGCGCCGGCCGAGGAGGACGUUACAAAUACGACAGUGGUGAAAGAAGUAGAGUUCGGCAUGUGCACCGUUACAUGUGGUGUUGGUAUUAGAGAAGUUAUAUUAACAAACGGAUGCCCUGGAGGUGAAUCAAAGUGUCUUGUGCGGGUAGAAGAAUGCCGUGGCCCAGUAGAUUGUGGCUGGGGUAAACCAAUUUCUGAAAGUCUUGAUAGUGUUAGACUGGCAUGUGUUCAUGUAUCUCCUGUAAAUCGUUUCAAAUAUAUGUGGAAGCUUUUAAGGCCAGAGCAACAAGCUGUCAUACUUCCAAAUGAUUCAGCAAUCCUAGAAGUAAAAAGAGAAACUCAUCCUUUGGCUUUUGAGUGUGACACCCUGGAUAAUAAUGAACUAAUAGCAACCAUUAAAUUCACAGUCUAUACACCAAAAGAAUUGCAGAUGAGAAGCAUAAGGCGACCAGAAACUGAUGCAGUACUAAUUUUUGUGCUAACCAUAGGACUCAUGAUGUGUGUGUUCGUGAUCUUUGUAUUGAUCUUCAUAAUUAUAAAUUGGGCAGCAGUUAAGGCUUUCUGGGGAGCAAAAUCCUCGACAACUGAGAUAUAUUCAGAGCUCAGUUCUGUUAGACAGAAAGAGUCAACUUGUGUUGAUCAAACACCAGCAGAAAUACCCGGACAUGAAGAUGAUAAUUUAAGUGAAUGGAAUGAAUGA